UUGUAGCCGAGUCAGGACCAAUGGGCACGUGCAUAAGAUAUGCAUCGCGCGGCGACGACGCGGUUUUGCUCCCUUUUCUCGCGCCGUGCACGAAAUCGAGCCCGGUGCCUUCGCUCUUUUCGAUCGUAAAUAAGCGGGUCCGUUUCUAUCCCUUCUUUUUUUUUUUUUUUUUUUUUUUUAAACCACGAUACAUUCGACUCCGCGCAACACGAGGUUUCCAACCGUUCCAUUCUCCGCACCCUCGUCGCCUCUUUUCUUUCCCCUCCCUCGUUAGUAGACUGACCAACCGCCGUUCCAUGCCGCUUUCUCGACGCGUCAUAAAAACGAGACAACGUGCUUUACGAUCUCGCCUCCUGUCUUUUUGCCUCGAGAAUCCGAGCGACGCGUGCUCCCAACCGCAAAGAAACACUUAUUAACAUAUUUGCCCCUAUACGAUCCUCUCUCCUCUUCCUUACUCCCUCGCUUUCUUUUUCACGGAUAAUUUGUUACGAUACGGCUGGAAGAAAAAACCGGGUUGGAGAAGAGUCGAGUAUAAAUUAGGCGGAGAGGACAAAAAAGAAUGGAGAAUAUAUAUAUAUAUUCGGAAUGGCAAAAGGAUACGUCUGUACUUUUGCGGUAAUAUCUUCUUAGAUAACAGCUUUACCUCGUAAUUCAGGAUAAAAUUACUUUUCUUCGAUAUCGAUCGUGAAUCCGAUUCGAGACUGUUCUCUGGUUAAUUGCGGUCACGGGUACACGGGCGUUUGUGACGUGGAAAUAAAAUAACCCCCUUAUCGAUGUAGCUCCCAUUAAAACGAUUGCAACGUACCACCUACCAAUCUAAUUCCGUUAAAACGUUCCUGCUACGUGUUUUUCCCGGGAUUAAUCUCGUAACCAUGACUUCGUAUCCCCCCUCUCUCUCGAGAAGCUUCUCUAUUGGAAAUAUUAUUACCUCGAACGAGAGUUGAUUUGUACAAUGAUGACGUGUAUCAGAAACAAGGAAAUAUCAACGUUCGGGAAAUUUCACUAGUAACGGUAAUAAUUGGCUAAUGAAAUAAAUUCAUCGAAGGAAAAUACAUCGUAUCGAUAUGUCGUCGUAUCAUAAAUCUCAAGUGAAACCGACGAUAAAGGUUCCUAAGCGUCGUCGAAAAAAAUCCACAGCUUCCAAUAACCUAUACGUAUCACCCUCUUUGAUCGACAAGUUUCAAAAGUACGUAGGGAGGGAGCAAAAAUCCGACUCUUUGAAAAUAUUGUCCAACAAUGGGGACAACAAGGAAUCCAAGGAAAUUAAGGAAAUCAAGGAAUCGAAAGAGACCGAGAAGAAAAAAGGUUCCAAGGAUGUGAGGUUGAUGUCGAAUCUUCCUAAUGACACGGCGGUACACUUUGGAAGUUUUUAUGGUGUCGAAGGAAACGUGAAUAAACCACGAACGACUAAAGUAAAGAAUUCCAUGGAUUCUAUUAAUUUAUCGUACAAAUCGAUACCGAGAUUGGAAUUCACUAGGCAAAUGGUCCAAAAACUGGAACGAACAGCUGGUACGGAGGACUACGCGCGACAAGUGUCAGCCUUAUUGGAGGAGACGGUCGAACCGGCGCAUUUCAAACUGCAUUCUCUGCCAACCGAGAAUUCGAUUCCAGACGGGAGAUACAAUCCCACGGGAUUCCCGCUCUGGUACAAGGAACCUUAUAAAAUACCAUUCGCUUCGGACGAGAUUUACAAACUUUUAAAAGAGAAACUUGAUAACAUGGAAGGAAAAGCGAGAAAUAUCUUCGAGGAUGAAUCUCCGGAGAAAAGUUCGUUGGAAGAAUGGAGCGAAGACGAGCAAAUGGAGUAUGGCGAAAAUGACGAGGACAUUAACGAUAUACUGAAGAGAAGAAAAUCGUCGAUGCACUUGUUGUCGAAUAAAUCGUCUUCUCUUACCGAAGCGAAGGACACAGAUUCGAAGGAAAGCAGUGAAAUUUCUUUGAAUGGGAAACUGAAUAAACCAACUUUGCCGCAUCAGCACUGAAGCGGUUUUAUGAACAUCUGAAAAAUAAACAAUUAAAUAUUAAUUGCAGAAAUAGAA